CAGGCUCUUGGUGUAUCUGGAGCCUAUCCUGGGAACACUAGGCACAAGCUGGAAAUGCAUCAGUCUAUGUUUUGUGCACAGAUGUUCUUUAAAGAUGUUCUGGACAACCCAGAAUUCACCAAAUGGACAACAUGUGACAAACUCUUCUCAGACGCUAACCCAAGCUCAUGAAUCAAACCAAGAAUCCUGGAACUGUGAGAUGGCGAUGAUGCUGGAUAGCCUCUGAACCACUGUAGGGAUUUUUGGCCAUAGAACUUGAUCUUAGCCUCCUCAUUUGAAUCACUUUUAGACUGAAUUUUUAGAUCAUGAUUUUAGAUUUUAAUCGUGCAAUAGGCGCAAAUGAUGCAGAAUACAGAAAUCUGGAGAACCGAGAGGAUCAGGAAGCGUUUAUCAACCACAAAAAUGAUGUCACAGGCUUGUACGCACAUCUUGCCGGGGUGCCAAAAGCAUUGCUGCCUGGUGUUGGGGGGAAGAAAAUUCUAGAUUUCUGGUGGGAAACAGUCAACACGCGGCAACUCUUCAGUGAAGUCUAUUUAGUCACAAAUGCAGACAAGUACAAACAUUAUGAGCGUUGGGCAACUGCCAAUGAUUUCCCAGUGGAGAAUGUGGUGAAUGAUGGUAGCACCACUUUGGAGGAUCGGCUCGGGGCCGUCGCUGACUUGGAGCUGGCCAUCCGAAGCCGCCAUCUUCAAGACGACAUCAUGGUGAUUGCAGGAGACAUGCUUUGUUCUGAUCAGAACUUUGACAUUGCUCAAGUUAUUCGUUUUUUUAGGUCUAAGUCUGGAGAGUUGGCUAUAUAUUAUGAGCUUGAAGAAGGGGAGAAAUGUUACACCAGAGGCAUUGUAGAAGUAUGUCCAGAUUCUCAUAGGAUCCAGCGUUUCCUUGAGAAGCCAGAAGAGGGCGUCACAACAUCUCGCCUGGCCAGCGUGGUCUUCUACUGCCUCCGAAAAGAGACGCUAUCUUACCUCUCAGACUUCCUGCUCAAGCAGCCGGAUGUUGAAUACAGGACGUUCGGCAGGUUGUGGGAAUGGCUUAUAAAUGAAGAACAAUUGCCUGUGUAUGGAAUGAAGCUACCAACAGGCUUCCAGUUAAUUGGACAAGUGGGUCUGUCUGACUACACAAAAUGGCUCGCACACUACACAACUAAACAGCAAGAGCUUCCAGCCAAACCCAUUACAUUCCGCUCUUAUGCCAGGGUAGGGCUGAUGGGAAAUCCCUCUGACGGCUUCAAUGGCAAAACCAUCGCCAUGACCAUCUCUAAUUUCUGGGCCGAAGUGACACUAAUAGAAAGCCAGUCUCUGGUCCUCCUUCCUCAUCCACUGAAUGAUCCCACAGAGUUCGGCAGCCUACAGGAUCUGUUUCGCAUCAGUCACAAAGAAGGGUAUUUGGGAGGUCUAAGGCUGUUACAGGCUACCUGUAAGAAGUUUUAUCAGUUCUGCUCAAAUCAAGGCAUUGGCCUUACCAAGCAAAAUUUCACUCUAAAGUAUGACACCAACAUUCCACGGCAGGUGGGCCUAGCUGGAAGUAGUGCAAUUGUAUCUGCUACCUUGAAGUGCCUGAUAAAAUUUUACAACCUCACUGAAGACGAUCUUCCUAAACCAAUCCGAGCCAACUUUAUCCUGAACGUGGAGACGGACGAGCUCUUCAUCACGGCUGGGUUGCAGGACAGAGUGGUACAGGUGUAUGAGGGUUUGGUGUACAUGGACUUUAACAAGCAGAUAAUGGACAAGCAAGGUUAUGGAGAGUACAUCUCUAUGGAUAUGAGCAGUCUUCCCACGUUUUGGUUAGCUUACUUAGGGGAUCCGAGUGACUCUGGCCGUAUUCACAGCAAUGUUAGAGAGCGCUGGCUGAAGGGUGAACCUGAAGUGGUAGAAGCCAUGAAACACUUUGCUAAGCUCACAGACCAGGCCAGGCAAGCCUUUGAAUCUAAGGACUGGCCCAGACUGGCCCAGCUUAUGGAUGAAAACUUUGAACUGAGACGGUCUAUUUACACUGACGCCUGUUUAGGCUCAGGAAAUCUUCAGAUGGUACAAAUGGCAAGACAGUUUGGCUCUGCUGUGAAAUUACCUGGCAGCGGAGGUGCUGUGGUAGGCCUGUGUAUGGAUUCUGAACGACUGGUGGAGAUGAAGAGUGCAUUCCAGGAGGCUGGCUAUGUUUUCUGCCUGGUUGUGCCUUACAGUCCAUCUUAAUGUGUGGUGUAGAAGUAAUUAUUUGUAAUAAGACAACAUAUCACAAAUCAGAUUGCAUUUCUGUGACAAGCUUAAGAGAUAAUGUACAAGAGGUUAUCAUUACAGGCUGAAGUGUCGACUGGGGCAUGUGGACAGUGUAAACCCUGGCCACAUAUAAGAGUCAUUGAGCUCCUGUUGCUGUGUUAUUCACACAGCACAAACAAUUGUCUAUUUAAAGUGCUAUCAAUGCCAGCAUUGUACACCCUUCCUGUCCCUGUGUCUCAGUACAAUAAUGACCUCAGGCUCAUAACCCGAAAUGUUGAAAGAGUGUAAUGUAUUCUGUAUGUAAAUAGUAGUGUUUGAAAAAAAAAAAAAAAACCCACCAAAUAUAUAUAU